AUGAGUGGACGGGAGGGAGACGAGAGCUCCAAUGGCUUUUCUUUGGAUAAAGAAUUCCUCCGUUCAUUGAAAGGAAAGCUUUUGCUAGCAGAGCUGGUUCUCUGCUUUGUGAUAUUUAUCUGUUUUGCUGCAUCCAUAUCCUCCUAUUUGGCGGCACCACUAAUUGAACUCAUCAUCACCCUCAUUUUCCUUAUCCUCUACUCAAGUCAUUACAAUGAGCGCCUCACCGCCCUCAACUGGCCCUGCACGGAUUUCCUGCGCUGUGUCUCAGCUGCUGUCAUUUUUCUGGUAGUCUCCAUUGUGGCUGCAGCCCGGAGUUCAGGAGAUGGAGGGGCUAUUACUGCAGCUCUUUUUGGCUUCAUAUUGGUUGGUGUGUUCUCUUAUGAUGCAUACAGCAUAUACAAAAUGGAGAUUAUCGACAAAUCAGCAGAGAGAGGUGCUGCUGAUGUGUGA